UCACUUAUAAAUAGCCUCCACACCUUAAAGUCUCCCAUAACACACCACAAACCAAUUCCUAUAGCUAGUUCCCUUGUCUCUUUUCUUGUACUAAUUUCUUGAAACCCCACCAUGUCUGAUGAAGAGAAGCACCCCGACCGCCCACACCACCACAAGGAAGAGGGAAAACCCGUUGAGAUUGCUGUCUACAGUAAGGUCUCUGAGUUCUUUGAUGAAGAGAAGUACCCCGAACUAGGGGCUACUGGCGCUUAUGCCUUGUAUGAGAAACACGAGGUAAAGAAAGACUCAGAACAUGCUUAUAGUCACAAGAAAGAAGAGGAAGGUGCUGAGUUGCCGUCGACGAGAAAUAUGAGAAGAAAGAGGCCAAGAAGUAGGAUGAAGAAGCUUAAUUAUGAAAGGAAGCAACACAAUCUUUAUUAAUAAAUUAUGUGUGUUUAUAUAUAUAUGUAAAAUAUCAUGACCUAAAUAAUUAAUCUCUCUUUACAAAAGUGA